CGAAAGGGGUGUUAAGGCCGUUAAUAAUAUAACCGUAGUUUACGUCAAAGGCGUAAGCGAGAGUACUGUACAGCUAAAAAGGGUUCUUCUUCAUGCAGCAUGUCUUUUCGCCAAGUAGGGUUAAGUUCUUCCGUAAAUGGGAGCGAUCAGAGCCCACCUGAUUUUAACGAAACACCGAACGGAUUUAUAAAUAAAGCGGCGAAUUCUCUAGUAUAUAAAUCAAUGGCAGUGUUACUGUCCAUUCAUCUAGACGUCGCUUCCAUAGACGGGACUUGGAAACCAGAAUAUUCAGUGGGCGACGAAAUCGGUAGAAUUUUGAAAAUGAUAGGUUUGGUACUGGCCGUUACUUGUGCCAUUAGUUUUGUCCUAAUUCCAUUUACCGUCGCAGUUGUGCUUUGUUGUUGCAAGCAACCUUCAAAUUCUGGCACUCGCGCACUUUCAUAUUCUCCGAUUCGCAAAACAAAAAAAGGCAACAGCGGAAAGGAUUAUUCAAAAAGUCGAAGCAGACGUCCUUCGUGCGGGAAAACUUAUCUAAUUGGCGUGCUGUUCGGUAUACCUGCAGGCAUUGUUGUUGGAAUAAUUACAGGUGUCAACACAUGGCCUUACAUGUAAAAAUUCAAAGCUGGAAAAAAUUA